AUGCGCUUAGCGACAUGGAAUGUCCGCACAAUGAGGACAGGCCUCCCGGAGACCUGCGGAGGUUCAGGCUGCGCCCAAGACCUGCGCAAAACUUCUGUGAUUGACACUGAGUUGACGAGACUCAACAUCGCCGUUUCGGCUCUUCAGGAAACUAGACUUCCUGACACUGGAUCCAUCAAAGAAGCUCAUUACACAUUUUUCUGGGUAGGAAAAGGUCAACAUGAUAAUCGUGAGCAUGGUGUGGGCUUCGCCGUCCGUAACGAUCUCCUUUCGUGUAUUGAGACUCCUCGUGGAAUAUCAGAGCGCAUAAUGGUAUUACGACUCUCUAGUAACUGCGGUUUUAUAACCUUGAUUUCCGCAUAUGCACCUACAUUAGUCUCAACACCUGAAGUUAAAGAUCGUUUCUAUGACCAACUUACGCAAGCCAUAAAAGCGGUACCUUCUAGCGAUCACCGCGCUAUCCGCGAUAACAUCGCGAUAACAUCGCUUGGCCAGAUUGCCUCGGUAACCAUGGUGUUGGCAGAA